GCUAGGGAACAAUCAGGCUAACGAUGUUUAGCUACAAAUGAUCGGAGAAAUCUGUUCGUCAGGGAAUCGUUAUGUAGUUGGAGAAACAUCCCGGUAAUCUCUUUUUUAUGAUGAAUCGUUCGAUGCAUUUUAAAUACAUUCCUUCGUGCAAAUGAUACAAACCUUGGUGAUGUCACAUAUACUAUCCCCGUGGCCUUCGGUAACCAGACAAAACAGAAAUCGAAAGAGAAGAAACGGUUGUCUUGUCUAUUUAACUAUAGAAUGGAGUCGGAAUUAACUCGACUUUCGACUAUUAUUCAACAGGACCGGCGUCGACUGUCGCUUAUGACGGAGCAGGUUUCUCGACACUCUGUUGUUUCCCAGCAGCCUCGAGAUUCAAUCGCGUCUCGGGGAGAAUCGCCCUACUCGGAGGCCCUGACUGAGAUGCAGAAAAGGAGAAUGUCCGUACGGAGCCUUCGAAGGAAGUCCAUUAACCCCCGUCUGGAUCCGCCACCAGGUUUGGAGGGACUAGCAGACAAAGGUUUUAUCUAUGUUAGACAACAGAUGGAGUCCGACCUGAGAGGGGGAUGUGGUGCAGCAAACACGUACAAGAUUUGGAACGAAAGAGAGGAAGAAUUGUUCUACGUCCUGGAAGAUGCAAGUUGUAUUUGUCGCUGGUUUUGUGGUCCACAUCGUCAAUUUCGACUGGAUUUCUUUACACCCCAUGACGACCUCGUUUUCACCCUAUACCGGAAGUCUUGUCGAUGUGACUGGUGUUGCUGCUUGGAUUGCGUGUUUUGUAAUCACAAAGUUUACGUCGUCGACUGUCUCAACAGAACACUGGGUUCCAUUAAGCAGAAAUUUGGAGUUUGUCAGGGAAAUUUUGAGAUACUUGAUAAUGAUGGGGAAAUCAUCGCCAAAGUAUUUGGACCCUGUUGUGUCUUUCGCUGUUGCACAGAAAUAUCAUUUGAGAUAUGGGACAAAAUAGGGGAGGAGAAAUUAGGAACCAUCAACAAGAAAUGGGAGGGGGAACAGGAUGAUGGAAUCAAUGUGGACCACGAGUACUUUGAUAUCAAUUUUCCUGAGAAAAUGGAUCCCAUAGAGAAAAUGUUGAUCAUCGGAGGAGCAUUCCUAAUUGAUUACAUGUUCUUUGAAAUGUCAUAAUGGAAAGGACAUCGGACAUUUUGUAUGCACAUGUACAGUGUACACGCAUGUGCAACAUUAGAAACACUGAUUUAAAAUGUUUAACAAACUUAAUUUACAAAUGAUCCAUGAUCCAUUUUCAUUAAUAACUUAGAGAGAGAGAGAGAGAGAGAGAGAGAGAGAGAGAGAGAGAUUAAUAUAAUUAAAGUAUGUGUUUGGAGUGAAUUGUUAAAAUACGUUUUCAAUUUGCAUUUUAGAAUAAAAGAUGUAUGACC